UUGACGUGCGGUGGUGGACAUCUUUGAGAAGCCGCACGGAUUGGGUGGCUUUCGCACGGAUGCGUGUUGUGGAGGUUGAUGGAAAAAAAAGCAUCCCAAAUGCUCUGAAUGCACUCGCGUGGACACAGCAUCUCCAGCUCCGACUCGGGGAGCCGCUUUUCGACGCUCGAGAAGAAGAAGACCGUCUGUCCCAGACUGCAGGAUGAGCCGACGAACGAGUUACCGGGGCUCCGCGAUGCUGCUGCUGCCUCGCCCUGCCCUCCGCGCAAGCCUGUGCUCUCUCCGACGAGGACGGGAGGCGGCAGUCGCCCAACGUCGCCGCUUGCGGCACGAGCCGCUUCCGAUGCGCCCAUGUCCCCAUUGAAGGUCCACCUGUCCAAUGACACCUUCAAGGGAGUCAAAUGCGGUGAUGCGACGGACGUCAAGGGGAUCCUGCGGCUACUGUCGUCGCAGCUGUCGGAGAGGCCGCUGCCCCUGGAGUGCCUGUUGGCAUUACGCCUGUACCACCCGGCAUCCGGGGAAGUCCGGUGGCUCCACCAGGACACCACCAUGUUCCAAGUCGUCGAGAAGUACCUCCCACAGCACAACACCAGCGACUGGAGGUUUGAGCUAAGGGUACGCUACCUUCUCAGCAACUUGCAAGAAUUCCAUGACAAGGACCCCGUGCUCUUCACGUACUUCUACAGACAGGUCAAGAACGACUAUCUACGAAAGUGCGUGAAUGUGGAUCAGGACCUGGCGAUUUAUCUAGGCUGCUUAGAAAUUAGGAGGUUUUGCAAGGACAUGACCCACGGGGCGCUCGACAAGAAGUCCAACUACGAGCUGAUCGAGAAGGAGAUCGGGCUGCACAAGUUCCUUCCGGCUCACGUCAUUUCAUCGAACAAGCCGAAGAACCUGCGCAAGCUCAUCCAGGCGCAGUUCAAGAAGUGCUCGCAGCUCAGCGAGACCCAGUGCAUGAUGCGAUUCCUCGAGGUGGUGCGUCAGGUGCUGCCCUAUGACCGGGAGAGCUUCUCCUGUGCCCUGGGGACCGGUUGGAGCGUGCCCGUGGAGUUGGUUGUGAACCAGGAACUUGGCAUCGGCUACCUUACAGACCGAAAUGGACAGCUGAAUCAUAUAGCAAACUUCCAGCAGGUCCAGGCUAUUCAGACCAUAGUCAGCGACGCCAGCCCAAAGCCGGUGCUACAGCUGAAGAUUGCAGGGGCCUCAGAGGUGUUAAGCAUCUCCUGUCCUUCGCUGGCGGUUGCGGAGAGCAUCGCCGACUUGGUGGAUGGCUACUGCCGGCUAAUCCAAGGGACACAGGCUUCCUUCUGGAGCCGUAAAGAAGCCACUGUGGAAACUGACGAAGACGCACAUCCCCCCAAAUACAGGGCGGGCGUCAAACACAAGAAUCAUUCCAACCCCUCUGGUCCUAAGAAGCAGGGUGCUUCGGAGGACUAUGCUGAGAUCGUUGAUGAAGAAGGAGACUACUCAACGCCUGCAACCAAAGACUACGAACUUUGUCGUUCCCACAUCACACUAGGCGAGAUCAUCGGUGAAGGCCAGUUCGGAGAUGUUCACAAAGGGACGUACACUUCGAAGGCUGACAACCAGGUGAUACCGGUGGCCAUCAAGACCUGCAAGGUGGAGACGGAGGAUUCCAUGGGCGAAAAGUUUCUCGAAGAAGCCUAUAUCAUGCAGCAGUUUGAUCACCCCCACAUCAUCAGGCUCAUCGGCAUAUGCUCGGGCUCACCCAUCUGGAUCGUCAUGGAGCUGGCAAAACACGGAGAGAUGCGGGCCUAUCUGCAGAACAACAAACAUCGUUUAGACUUGGCCACUCUAAUUCAGUAUGCCUACCAGCUGAGCACAGCGCUGUCUUAUCUGGAAAGCAAGAAAUAUGUCCACAGGGACAUAGCAGCGCGCAACGUGCUGGUGUCGUCGCACGACUGUGUCAAGCUGGGUGACUUUGGCCUGUCCCGCUGGGUGGAGGAUCAUUCCUACUACAAGGCUUCUCGCGGGAAGCUGCCGAUCAAGUGGAUGGCACCGGAGUCCAUCAACUUCAGGCGCUUCACGGCUGCCAGCGACGUCUGGAUGUUUGGUGUGUGCAUGUGGGAGAUCCUCAUGCUGGGAGUCAAGCCCUUCCAGGGAGUCAAGAACAAUGACGUGAUCGGCCGCAUCGAGGACGGCGAGCGGCUGCCGCUCCCUCCCGACUGCCCUCCACGCCUGUACAGCCUCAUGUCCCAAUGCUGGUCCUACGAGCCGUCCAAGCGGCCCUGCUUCCGAGAUGUCAAGCAGGUGCUCAGCGAAAUUCUGGCCGAGGAACGGCAUCAGCUGGAGGACACCAUGCGGAGGGAGAACCGCCGUGUUCAGGCCAUGUCCUGGGGUUCUUCUGGAUCUGAUGAACCACCACCCAAGCCUUCCCGCCACCCUGUCGAUCGAGGGAGCCGCGCGCAGACGCCGACCCCGACUGUGGGCACCUACAUCGUGGCCCAGACGCCCGAGGUGCUGGCCCAGCUGCUGCAGGAGAACGAUGGCAGCCUGCCCCCGGCGUGGGCCUACGUGGCGCCGGCCUCGCCGACCAACACAUUCACGGUACAGGACCUAGCUGGCGGUGGUGCUCCGAGCGCCCCGGGCAGCGCACUGGGGAGCGGCGGCAGCAAUGCCGACGGCAGCAGCACGACGGGGGGUAGCAUGGCGGGAAGCACGACGUCGUCGUCGGCGUCCCCUCGGGGGGGCGCUGCUGCGGCGGCGGCAGGAGCAGCAGGUCAAAGGUCAAGCCUCGCCUCACAGGACCUCGUCCUAGAGCAGGAGAGUUACGACAACCUCGUGGACAACGACUCCCUGGAACAGAGGCUGCUGGAGAUGAAGCUGCAGAUGCAGCAGCGCGAGACUGAGGAAGACUCAAGGUGGUUGAGUCAGGAGGCAACCCACUUCGACCCGCUCCCGACGACACCCAAUCGCCCUCGAGCAUCGUGCAGCGACGCUUCGGACGCAGGGAGCAUAGGUGUUGCAAAUGGCACCAGCCCGUCUUCCCCAGUUGUAACGAGCCCAGGACCAUUCAACCAAGAUGAAGUUUCUAUGGGAUCACUAGAAUACUCCAUGGUAGACAAAAAACAUAAGAGCCCGAUUGUCCAGCAGUCACAGCCAUAUCCGCCUCCCCAGCCGGAGGUGAUGCCGGCCACUCAGCCUCCGACACUGGAGACCGACCGGACGAACGACCACGUGUACGAGUGCACGACCCGCGUAGUCCGUUCAGUCAUGCAACUCUCCCAGGGAGUCACCGAGGCCAGAGCGGAAGAGUACCUAGAACUGGUCAAGAAUGUAGGUUUGGAGUUGCGGAGCCUCUUGGCCAGCGUCGAUGAUCUCAUGACUUUCUUUCCCCUGUGGUCCAAGAAGGAGGUGGAGAUGGCUCACCGCGUCCUCAGCAAGGACAUGGCCAACCUGGUUCAAGCUAUGAAGCUGGCCAUCAAAUACUCAAAGACGACGCUCGACGCCGAGUACCGCCGCGGCAUGCUCAGCUCCGCGCACGCCCUCGCCAUCGACGCCAAGAACCUGCUGGACGUCGUCGACUCGGUCAGAGUUCGCAUCCAGAUGUCGCCGCCGGCGACACCCACGGCACCCCCUACGUUGUCUUCGCCCGUCGCGGUUUCGAACGGCCAGGCAGCGGCCGAGGACGAGGAGGCGGCGUCCUGCGAGCUGUGUACAACGAGAAGUUGAUGAGCAGGACUGUGAAGCAAACUACGAUGUCGCUUAACGAAUUGUAUCUUAUAUCGCGUGUGCAGCUAUUGCAUGUUUGAAUGAAAGGAAAAAGAAACUCGGGUACGAACCACUCGCGAGAGGCGUACAAAUUUUAAAGGGCACUCUCGUCAGGUUUUGUAGCGUAUUUCUCUCGAGUUUGAGGUUCUCUUCGACUCUCUCGCAGCGAAUAGGCGUGCAGCUGUACUCGUUGCUGCUUGCGAAAUACUGUCGAAAGCGCCUGCAACUGCUACGUAUCGUGCAUUUAUGUAGCAGCCGGGAUUGGCGAGACGUUUUCGUGCAACCAGAGAGAACGGUGCUGCCGAGAAGUUUGUUCUAGCAUAAAAUACAAACUGCACGUUUGUUUGGUAGGGGCACAGGCUCGUUGCUCCAAGGAAUGGGAACUGCAUUUUCUCAAGUUGCUGUUUCCCUGUCGUGUGUGGUACUCUCGGUGUAAAGCUCGCACGACACAUCCGGCGUACGUAACGUUCAGGCAGACUGUCUCGAGUCGUGCUGUUGUUUGCGGGGACCAUGUCUGUCGGUUGACAGGAAGGUAGUGACGGAAAUAUAACUUUUAGCAUCUGAGUACCAGCAGCAUUACUUUUACUCAUGAUCAGCUGAAGUCCUCUUUAACCUGUAAGGAUAAACCAACGAACUAGGUUACAUAGCUUUUACAAAUGAUACUGGAAACAAGUAUUUAACCAUAAGAAGAACCAGAUGUUGUUCUUAUUGGAGAUUAUAUUCCAUCGUUGAGUGACUAUCACUUGGCCAAUUGCUUAGCUGUCAGGCUCUUCGAAACGUAUUGUUAGUCUGCCUUAAGACAAAAGCAGACUUUGGCUUGGUAUUUAGCACCCCUGAUUAACUUGCCCAGUUGGCGUCUAAUUAGAUUGUCAGCGAAAGGACCUGCCCCUCUUAUGAAUAUUUAUUGUGAGAGUUAUCCGCUGACUGUUUUGAAAGAAUAACUGUUUUAUUUAGAUGCCAACCACGUGUGUAGGAAGCAGCAAGAGCUUUCUGCUGAGCUGUUGCCUCUUGAAAGUGCACGUAUUACCUCGAACGUUCAGUGCCUGAUUAGAAAGUGUCGAGGAUCAGUAAGAAAACAGGUUCUAUCUCGCAGGAGGCGGUAGCCGCGAGAGUAAUGCAAGCAGAUGUUAAAGAGACGGUGAACCGGUGUCAAUGUCGAGCAGCUAAGGGACGGAAACUGUCGCAUCAAUAUUAAAGGACCCAUCUUCUUGCGAACUGCAUUAAAUCGCUCCGAUUACCCUGGGCCGGGUAUAGUGUGUGUACGACGGCAGCUACGUGCUUGUUCGCCAGCUUUUUUUAAAACUACGCAGCUUAGUGCGCGUUCUUGCUGUCUGAUGUUUUUUUACACAAUCAUCUCUUGUUUGCUUCGGUCAUCACCCAUUUUUCAUGCAGAGCAGCUACCGCUAAAAAAAAAGAGAGAGAGAAAACUGUUUAUUUCUGCAAUCUCCCAUAGGUGUCCUAAAUGCUUUGUGUUUACAGGGCCUCUUUGACCUUUUUGUUACUUGUAGGCUGCAUACUGGAUGGUGGACGCUACAAAGAAAUCUUUGUAGUUGCCUUUCCAUAAUGGCAUACCAAAUGUUCUCACUGUGCUUUCAGUGUAUAAAGAGUCCUGAAUUGUAUGUAUACUUCUUCCUAUCAGUUCACAGUGAUGUCAAGGACAAAUUUAAUUCACUUCAUGUUUCUGGCGAGAAAUGCACACUUUGGUUGGCCGGAAACACUCAGAUUGAAUUUGAACAAUGUAACAAACUAUGUAACAAAAGCAGAAAGGUAGAAUAAUAAUUAUUUAUUUAGCUUGCCUAGGAACAAUUGUAACCCCUUUAUCCUGACGCACGUGAGCAAACUUAUUAUUUUAAUUGCAGUUGCACUUCGCCUUCCACCACAACAACCAGUCUUGCACGUCAAUUCAUUCCACCAAUGACUGCCGUUUUAAGCUGCCAUUCAUAUUACCACAUAGCUUACAUUUCUUUCACGAUUGUGAGUGUCGAAGGAUUCAUUGCGUACGUCUACGUAAAUUGAGAAAAACCACUCGCUACUGUCUUCCUCAACGUGUUUCUUUUUUUAGGGAAGUGUAACCAAACAGUUAGCUUUUUGCUAAGCGAGAAGAAUAGGCCUGCAUUCAGAUUAUUGGCAAAGCAAUGAAUUUUAUAAAAUCUAACUAAUAUUCUCGGCGAAGAACUAGGGAAUCAAAGGGUUAACUUGUGGCUUCAAAGAUGGCUCCUAAGGUAACAAAUAUGGCUUCAAAGGUGACACACUCUGACAGUGCUUCACUUCUAGGCAGACACAAAGGAACCAAUUCUUGCCCUGUAAAUGCAAAUGCAUUUAAACGAAUCCAUGUAUUUGGCAAUGCUAACUACAGCCUGCGCAUCAUCUAGCUAUCUUUCCAUUCGCGAGGCGCGUCACUUUUAUAAGUAUACUUAGCACUUCAAUCUAAGGUGUGGCUUAGGUGUAAAAGCGAGAAUGCUUGUGAGAUGGACACAUUGUGAUCGUGAGUGGCUACGUGCGGCAGUGGUCGUACACUUUUUCAACUGCAGCUACUUACUCGAAACGUGCGGAAUGUUUUUUAGCAUUUCGAGCCCUUUCAUUUUUCGGCAGCAGCAAUGGCAGCACUUGUACCGCAUUUCGAACUUGUCACCAUAUUCACCAGCCUUCCCACAUUAACAAAACGGGUUGCACCUUUCUGUUCAUACUUCUCUUGAGGCGGUGCAUAAUUUACAAUGCUGCGAGCCUUUGUGUGGGAGAGAAGUCGCUUGAGAACGACCGCAAGUGACAUAAUGAUGGCAGAUGCGCACGAGGGACUUAUUUAACAUAGCUAUAUGCAAGUUUUUUCAGAAACCUUUUCGUAAGCAAUGUUCUGGCGCUUUUAUUCACAUUGUCGCAAGACUGUGACGCUAUAUACAGAUGUUGUAUCUCUGGUACCUAUUUAUCUCCUGAGAGACGUGCUGUCCCGCAUUGUAUCGGGAAGAGAGCACCCACUGGUGAUAAAGCGUGUCGACGCGGGAAAACGUUUUAACGAGUACAGCGUACACUUCUAACUCUGGCUUGCAAAAAAAAAUGGCAGCAAACUAGUCACUGUGCGAACUUACCACAUUGUAAAUUGAAAAGCCCCGACAUCUUUGUUUUUUUAACAGCGAAAUAUUGCGUUUCUCUUAUAACCUGUGCUGUAUACACGAUAAACAGUAAUGGACAUGCUACAUGGCCUUUCUCACAACACUUUUUUUUGUCUUCGAUAUAUCGGCAUGCAUGUGUGUGUAUGUCAUGUUCACAUGUUAAUAGAACUUAUUAAAUUCAAUUCGAAGUGACGGUGUGGUCUGAUUUCGUGU